ACGGAAGCUUUGGGGAGAAUUUCUUCUAGAACUCUGUAGCAGCUUCCCGUUAGCUCUUGCUUGGGAGUAACAAAUCAAUUCGCACGACCAAAUUUGGAGUACAGAAACACAGAGCACCAACACACAUUUCUGAAGGGUUCGAGUGUGAAUAUUUCUUAGGAUGUCCAGGAUAGAUUACAGCGUGUGGGAUCACAUUGAGGUAUCGGAUGAUGAAGAUGAUACCCACCCAAAUAUUGACACUCCCAGUCUCUUCAGAUGGAGACACCAGGCGCGCGUGGAGCGAAUGGAAGAAUUCCAGAAGAAAGGCGAAGACCUAAAAAAAGGACUCGCCGAAUGUCGGCGUAAACUCACGGAGUUACAGACAAAGAUCCAGGACCUGAACCUUUCCGAUGGUGUCAAAACAGAGCUCACCAAAUACCAAGCCGAUGAGAAGAAGCUGAAAAAAGAGGAGCGGGACUGGGAGAAAAAGCUGGAUGAGUACUACAGGGAGGAGAAGAAGAUGCCGUGGAACGUGGACACACUCAGCAAGGAAGGGUUCAGCAAGAGCAUAGUGAACAUAAAACCUGAAACUUCGGAAGAUACGGAAGAAGAAAAGGAGAAAAAACACAAAACAUUUGUUGAAAAACACGAGAAGCAGAUUAAACAUUUCGGGAUGUUGCGACGAUGGGACGACAGCCAAAAGUAUCUCUCUGACAAUCCUCAUCUUGUAUGUGAAGAAACCGCUAACUAUCUCGUCAUCAUGUGCAUUGAUCUGGAAGUUGAGGAGAAACACGCACUGAUGGAGCAGGUGGCCCAUCAGACCAUUGUCAUGCAGUUCAUUCUUGAGUUGGCAAAAAGCCUCAAAGUGGAUCCCCGCGGUUGCUUCCGUCAGUUUUUUGCAAAGAUUAAAACCGCAGAUCAGCAAUACCAAGAUGCUUUUAACGACGAGCUUGAGGCGUUUAAAGAACGGGUGAGAGGAAGAGCAAAGAUUCGCAUAGAAAAGGCCCUGAAAGAAUACGAGGAAGAGGAGCGGCAGAAGCGGUUGGGGCCUGGAGGCCUGGAUCCAGUUGAAGUGUAUGAGUCGCUGCCUGCUGAAAUGCAGAAAUGCUUUGAUGAGAAGGACAUCCAAAUGUUACAAGAAGUCAUCAGUAAAAUGGAUCCAACUGAGGCAAAACAUCAUAUGAAGCGUUGCAUUGACUCAGGUCUGUGGGUCCCCAACUCUGGGGAAGGAAAGGAGGAAGAAGGGACCUAUGAAGAGGUGAAACGGGAGCCGGAAGAAACAAAGGAGUGAUCACAAUGGAUUUGUUGUUUGCAAUUGUAUUCACUUACUGUACCCCAGUCUCAUUUAAUGUAAAACAGCUUGCCAAUAAACACCAUCAUUUCUUUAAACUUUUUGAGUACAAAUUUGAAUUAUAAAUGUGUAAUAAGUCACAUAUUUGAAACAACAAAAACAAACUGUGUUUCUGCAUCGCCUGAGCUGAAUGUUUUUCCUUCAUUUGUUAUGCUUUGUUGGUAUUGGUGCAUAGUUGCAAGCUUAAGUCUAACAUUGUCACAUUUUUUUGCAACAGAUAUUUUAUGUGACAUUUGUACAACAUUCACCGUUAAGUUCCAAUGUUUUGAUUUUUUUUUUUUCUUUCCUCCGGGUCUUUUACAUUAUUCAGGACAACAAAAACAUUGACUUGUGCUCAAAUAAUCAUUCAAACUGCUUGAUUGAUGAGCUUUAUAGAACAGCUGGUAAAUGAGGUUUCUAAGAAAAAUAGUAAGGGUUACUGCUGUCAACUCCAGGCCAACGACAGUUGAUCAUGUUCGGUUCUGUUUAUCCUAAAUGAACCCAAAGAUUUAGCUUUGGCUUCUUACUCAGUGGUAAUCUAAAGAUGGAAAAGACCAACUAGUCGCCUUUGUGAGAUGAUGUAAACUUACUGUGCUUAUUCUUCCAAGGCAGGAGUACUUUGACAUUUGCAUGUCAUGGCUUACAUUUUUAAGUGAAGAACUGAGGGAAAACUGCUUUCAAUACUGCAAUUUUUCUCAUAGAAAAAUAAAAAAAAAAACUUGAAAACU